AUUCCCAACGUCAAGACAACGGCCAGAUACCGGAUAUGAGGAUCAGGGAAGACCACAUCUACUACUAAAAGCCUGGCGGCAACAGGGAAUAGUAAAGGACAAUCCAGGAUUAUUGUGUAUUUCCCAGCCAAUCCGCUGCUGGCCCCCGGCCUCUUGAGCCCGGUCUGGCCUCACAUAACUAGUUAGCUGCUGUUCCCAGCCACUUCUGGCACCAACCACGCCAAUAUCAAAACAUCCCGGCAGCGAGUCAUUCUUCAUUAUUCAUAUAUCUCCACCUCCUCCACCACCAUUGCUCCAAUUCAUGGACAGGAAUCCUCUCUCUUCCUCUCUCCUCCUCUCUAUUGCCUGGCUGUUCUGGGCUAUUGUCCCCUCACUCUUUUAACCACGGACGGCCUACACUACGACCUUAUUCUCGCUCUCUUUAACUGGUCUUCGCCAACCGCGUCCCUCUAGCGCUCUGACUGGCUAGGCUAUAUUUAUCCUACCUGAUCAAUUGGUCCUGGUCGGGACUGAUUCGUCUUCUCUGUCGUCAUUGGCCCCCCGGCUGUGUACUCUCUCUCACUUGAAAAUACUCUUAUUUCACCUCCGCCUGCUUCGUCCUUUUCCGGUCGAAAGCUGCAUACGACAACAACGGACAGCACCGGGCUUGUCGUAUUUAUUGCUUAUUUCUCUAAUUUUUCUCGUUGACCGACAUUUGAGGUUGAAAAAAAAUUAAUGAAUACGUUCUUUCGUUUUUUUAAUAUCUGUUUACUUUUGGAUGCUUUGGAACACCAGGAAAGUCAAUCAACAACAAAAUAGACAGGGCAACUGGUACUGUACAUGAAAUUUCCCCGCCGCACAUCAUCAUGGUUUCCAAACUGUCAAAACCAGCGCAGGCGCCUCAGCAUACUGCUGGCAUCUUUGCAGAUAUGUCUGUGGAUGGCCCCCGGAUAGGGACGCUGGUCGCUAUCAUCGACCGCGCCAAAAAUUUGCCCAACAGGAAAACAAUGGGCAAGCAGAAUCCUUACUGUGCCGCGCGGCUGGGGAAGGAGGCGAAGAAGACGGAAACUGAUAUGAGAGGCGGCCAGACCCCAAAAUGGGAUCAAGAGUUACGGUUUACGGUACACGACUCACCCGAUUACACACAGUUAAAAGUCUCCGUCUUCAAUGACGAUAAGAAGACAGACCUCAUCGGUGAAACAUGGAUUGAUAUUAAAAACGUGAUUAUCCCAGGUGGUGGGCAGAAUGACUUUUGGCAUGCAUUGCAGUACAAAGGGAAAUAUGCGGGGGAUAUUAGGAUCGAGUUGACCUUCUACGACACCCGCCCUAAGGAUGAAACGGUUAUCGAGCGGAGAAAGGAAGCAGAUAAAGUCGAGGCAAAGACAGAGGCGGCACAAUCAGGCGUUUCGGGUCCUCGUCAAGCCAAACCGUCAAAGAGAAGACCUCUGCCCGCUGACCCUACUGGCUCGUCUCCGGCCCGCCCAUCUUCAUCCGAUCGCGUCGCUCCUCCUCCAUCUCGAGAGAAUCACCCAAUUCCAACGCGACAACCAAUACCAGAGCCGCCCCAGUCCCAACCACUAGCCCAGGCACAGCCACAACCGCAGCUACAUCCGCAGCCAGCCCCCCCGACGCAAAAUCCACGGACAUACGAAACUCCUGAUGAUUUCAAUCGUUCAUGGGGGCCUCCGCCCCCUAACGCUGCGUCGAAAUACUCUACUCCGAUACGCCAAGCUUAUCAACAUACGCCGCCUCGGGAGGCUGAAGAGCUACCAGCCGAUCAGUACGAUCGCCGAUCUCAACCCCCGAUGCCUUUGCCUCGGGAACAAGUCUAUUUUCAAGAACCAGAAUAUAGCCACAAUGUUCACAAUAACCACCACCAGUCGCUUGACCAUGGCCAUCAGCACUCAAUCGAGCAAAACGGAUAUGAACAUCACCCCUCACCCAUCACCCAUUCCCGCGAUUCUUACCAGACACUUCCACGGCAAAAUAACUACAUUAUGCCAGUACCAGAACAUUACAGUGGCGGCUCACCAUCAUAUCCACCUCCUUCUCGCGGUUCUCCUUACGGCGCUGCAGAAAUGCGCACACAACCUCCAGAGCCUCCCUCACAAUCUCUAGUCAUGACUGGGCCUAGUGAUCGCCAUAACCACUACCACCAAUAUAGCCCCUCUCAGCCCAACAACGACGUGUUCCGUGAUAGCCCGCUACGCCACUCUGUCAACCAAACAGACCGCCGCCCUCGCCAUGAAUGCAUGCAGCCGCACGUUCAUGACGAAGAUGAGGAAGGACCGCCCCCUCCGCCCCCAGUACAUCGCCAGGUCUUCCAACAACAACACCAGCAGCAGCAACAACAACAGCAUCAGCAGCAGCACGCACCACCAUCACCACCACCGCCGCCAGUGGAGUACUCUCAAAACGAGAUGGCACCCAUACCAAUGCCGGAGCCUCUCAAUCUGGGCGCAGGCAGGACCUCACCAAUGCCAGUCGACGAUCAAGUGAAAUACAUCCCCUACUCUCCAAAUUACCAGAACCAGAGUUUCUCAUCUGCAGAAAGGGAGCCAAUUUAUUCAGCUUCCCCGACACCUUCGUAUAAUAGUAUUUAUGGGCAUGAUAGGGGACGUUCCCAGGAUCGUCCUAGCACGUCAAACGGGGAGAUUGUCCCCUCGGCUUUGGUACCCGGCUACGAAGCAUCUGUUGCAGAUGAGCUAGACAGAAACUUGUAUAAUGGCCAGCUCGAACGUCAUCAAAACCAUGUCCCGCCACCACCACAGCCCACGCCUCCUUCUCAGCUCGUGCGCGCAUCUCCAAGUUCGAUGCUUGAACGGCCUCCACGAACAAGUCCUGACCUCCGACAUGUUCCUCCCCGCAAAUCUGUCAGCCCACAUCCACCUCCCCCGAAGGAGCUCAGUGUUCCAAGUGGAAUGCCUUUCUCGCCAGACUGUUAUGACAUUCUGGACCCGCGCACCGCAAACGCCGCCGCCCUUCAACAGGCCGCUCCUGCUUACGAAACGCCCGAGGGCGCCAUGGAAGCUGCCCGACAGCGGGAAGUGGAGAAACUUCGGGAACUAGGGCCCAUAAUCGGCAAUGAUGGUCGGGUCAUUGACCCUUCCGACCAUCUACCCACGGAUACUUGGGCGCCGGAGCCAGAACGUAAAUCGCGGAAACCAGAAAUAGUCGUCCGAUUCAAGCAUGCACCACAGAGCUCGACGCGGUUCUCACCGCGUGAAUCAGCUGCGUCGCCACCAACUAAAUCUUCAUCGACCUCUUCUUCCUCCUCCGCACUGGUUAUGAAAGCACGACCACACUCCGUGACCCCCGUCCAAUCAUAUUCGCAGGCACCUGCGACCAUACCUCUCCACCAACAAACCAUCAACUCCUCUACCACUCCACAAGCCCGCGCCCGCCUCCAACAAACGUCCCGCCCACACUCAUAUAUACAACCCACGAAUAACUCCAGCAGUGGCAGAGCCAGUGGCAAAGACCUCAUCUAUACUCACAGCCAUAAUCAUACCACCAGCCAACGACCUAACAACGCCCUCCCCCUCCGGGAGCGAGAUCCGUACGGGUAUAACGGUAAUACUAGCGCAGGCACCCCGCAAUACGCCAACCACAGCCCGAACCACAGCCCACACAACUCCAUCUCCACCGCCCCUAUCCCAGUAUCCCACCAUUCUCACUCGCCCUCAAGCCAACAACUUACCCGCCAUCCUCACUCCCAUUCACACUCUCAUUCACACGGCCACUACCAUUCUCAUUCUCCAACAUCAAGCUCGAUAUCCACCGGGCCGCCUAUCCCCGCGAAAGUCCCUGUGCACAGCAGCAGCGGUGGCGGUGGCGAUGUAGGGGAGCUAGACGCGUUAAGUGAGGAGAUACGGCGGAUUGAUAUUGGAGUUGGUGGAGUUGGGAAUGCGGCGAGGAGGGGGAGGGGGAGAAUGUCGUAUGUCGGGAGUGGUGGUCCGGGGCCGGGGUAUGGGGGGUAAUGUGUGUGGCUGGAUUGGGUUGGUUGGGGUUCAUUGUUGUUUGGUAAGGAACCCCCAGGCACUGACUUUGAUCGGCAAGGAACCUCAUUCUUUAUUUGAUUUUUUGGACUUAUUUUGGUAUAUACGAGCGGAAAUGAAGAGAUGAGUGGAUGAUUGGAACGCAUUGUGUGACAUGGUGUCUUUUUCUUAAUUUUCCCCCUUUUCUAUAGACUGAGGGUGGUGUGGUUGGUAUAUGACAAAAACAUAUUCGGCCGGCAUUUCUUUCUCAAUUUUCAUUUUUUUU